CAACACUACUAUAUAACAAAUAAUUUGAGGGGGCAGGAAUGUCUGCAGCACACAUGUAUAACCAGCUGGGUACCCUAGCAGGGCUAACUGGCCCUGAAAUAAUCAAACCUGCUCUCAAGAUGAAAGCCAAGAAGAAAAAGAAGAAGAAAGUACCCAAUGGCCGGGCUAAAGCGUCGCUUUCUGACGCCAUGGAACCUGUAACCAAGGUAACCUGUCCCGUAUUCUCAGACGACGCGACCGCCACUUACGGUGAACUGUCCGGCCUCGCCACAUCCCUUCACGACGACCAAACCCAGGCACAGGAUCAGGAUACAUGCAGUGCACCAGAUUCCUCAGUACCACGUGACGCGCAGUUACUUGAGAGUCACGGAGCACGUGACAGUCACGUGACGAGCACGCUAACAAAUGGCGCUACUCCAGAGAGCUCUCCCGCUAGAGCACGUGACUCACCAGCGUUAUUAGCGUGUAAUUACGCGGGCUCCAGUGCCUCUCUGGAGCACUGCAAGGAAGUGAAAGAUUCAGUUGAUUCUGAACCUGUUUUGUUUUGUGCUGACCUUGAUCCGACUACUCAAAACUCCGAUCCGAAUACUUCUGCUUCUACCCUUAAGAGAAAGUUAAGUAAAACUCCCAACUCUACAUCAGAUGAUCAGACUGUGAAGAAAAAGAAGAAGAAAACUGGAAAUGCGGUCAGAUUGAAUAAGUUUAUAUCUGUUGUCGACCAAGUAGUGGAUAAUAUGACCAAACGUUCUGAUACUCUUAAUGCAAAAGAAGAGGCGAAACAGUUAUUUCAAUGGCUGAUACACCCUGUCAAACAGGAUCAGUUUUUCAAGGAGUUGUGGGAGAAAAAGCCGUUGCUAAUAAAACGUCACAAUUCAAAAUAUAAUGAAGAAUGGUUCUCCAGCAAAGAUUUCAGCGACAUUCUUAAAAACAACCCCAUCCAGUUUGGCACCCACCUGGACCUGACGUCCUACCGGGACGGUAAACGACAAACUCACAACAGACCAGGGCGGGCCUUCCCGGAUAUGGUCUGGAAACAUUACAACGAGGGAGGAAGCAUCAGGAUGCUGAACCCUCAGACUUACAGUGAACCUGUCUGGAGACUGCUGUCCACACUUCAGGACUUUUUCAGGUCCACAAUGGGGGCUAAUGUAUACCUGACUCCGCCCGGGACACAGGGGUUCGCUCCCCAUUAUGACGACAUUGAGGCGUUCAUGAUCCAGCUUGAAGGAAAGAAACACUGGCGACUAUACGCCCCCAGAACAGACGAAGAAACGUUACCGAUACACAGUUCUGAGAACUUCAAUCAGAACGAGUUGGGUAAGCUGAUACUGGAUACAGUGCUGGAAGCAGGGGACAUGUUGUACUUCCCAAGAGGAACUGUUCACCAAGGGAACUGUCUUCCUGACACCCACUCCUUACACAUCACUGUCAGUACAUACCAGACGAACACGUGGGGAGACCUGAUAGAGAAACUGCUCCCUAAAGCAUUAACUCUAGCUAGAGCGGAGGAUGUGGAGUACAGAGAGGGGCUACCCAGAGAUUAUAUGGACUAUACUGGCGUUUCCAAGUCUGAUUUAGACUCCCCUGCUCGUGCUAAUUUCUUCACCAAGGUAGAGAAGCUGAUGGCACAGUUAGUAAGGUUCGCUCCUGUCGACAGCGCGGCUGACGAGCUGGCUGCGCGGCUUCUCCACGACGCGCUACCCCCCAACAUUAACCGUUUCAGUGUGCUCAGCCAGCCGUCCUCAAGUGAGGAACAAUCCUCAGCAGCUAGACAAAUAUCAGAGUGUCACGAGGGAGUGACCGACCUGACACCCUCUGUCACCGCUCACUCUAAAGUCAGGAUGAUAACACCUUACGUUGCGAGACUGUUGGCUCACGAGGACUGUGUUAGUUUGCAACAUUCCGCUUCUAAUUCUAGACUCUUUCACGAGAUCGACCCUCAAGAAAUCGAUUAUCCUUCCGAUUACGGUCCGGCUCUAGAGAUGAUAACGAACACAUACCCCACCUUCUUAGAGGUAAAAGCACUACCACUUCCCACCCCUACUGCUGUACAGCUAGUCCAGGAACUCCUAGAUAUGAAUAUAUUGCAGCACAAGCCUGGAUCCAGCAACAAAUCUAACUCUCUUAUCGCAGCUAUCAAAUCUAGAGUUAACAGACCCGCCCCAAAAAUUAAAUCCAACAAACACGGUGGAAGUCAAGGUGAACUUACGGUCAAGGUCCGAACUAAUUCUUUUAGCAGGAAAACUAAAAGUCUGAAAGCUGCUCGACCCACGAGUGAAGUGUUUGAGAAAUCCAACACGGGGGAGUCACCCUUCGUGUUUAGGAGAAAUAGAACUCUUGAGAGAUGACAUGACACUGAAUUUUAGAGAAACUGAAUUUGAUAUUUGAUUGAUAUUGUAUGUAGUCCUUUUAAUAACUUGUCCAAAACGAAAAAGCUCGAGCCACUCUUUAAUGUUCUGUUUUAAACGUGCAAAUAUUAAAUGAACCACCGAAAUCGUGAAUAUAUCUGAUCAACUUAAUUUAGAUGCCCCAUCAAAAAUAGUAUUUGGAAUAGCUGAUAACCAAUAUAUUAGCUGAUAACAGAUAUGCCGGAGCCCCCCUUCAGAACUGAAACAUUUCAACGAAGAAGUUUGUCUUUUUAGCGAGCACUGGCAGCCCGUUUUCCCUCCUGUUUCUCCUCUCUUUGAUCCGUUUAUCCACGUUACAGGCUAUCAGAGACAAAGCCACACUGCUCAAACACAGUAUCACUAUAAUCAUACUUGCCAUGAUAUUAGCUGCCAGAAGAUUCGCUGAAAUAAGGACUGCGUUAAAUCAUGAUACAGCAACUUUACACCGUUAUGAACUGGAACUGGAACUUGUAUAUUGUAUAAUAUAGCUUAUUAAUCUAAAAUAUAAACACCACUCACUUCUGUGAGUACAGCAGGUGCCCAUGUAGCCCCCAGCACAGGAACAUGACCCGUUAGUCAACUCCUUCCCUCCGUUAUAACACCGUACCCUACAAGACUGAAUCCGUACUUUUAAUUUAGCGGUUUUGUAAAAUGUAAACAAUACCAAAGUAGAUGAGCUUUAUUGAAUUCCAUGAUUCAACAAAACUGAGUGAAGUAGAGAGUUCGCAGUAGUCCCAUUACCUUAGUAUUGCUGUACAACUACUACAAAACUGAGUAAAGUUCUAAACCUACCUCUUCCUCCUCCAGUCUACCCUCGCAGGGCUCACCUCCACAUCUAGGCGUACGUGUUAUCUGCCUGUGUCUCUCUCUAAAAGUAAUAGUUCCGUUAAGCGGAAGGGAUCAUUCAAGACUUAAUUCAGUUCAGGGAGCUCACCAACAUCAGAAAUUGUGCACAAAAUGCACAUUCUUUUCUGCUUUCUAGCCCAAUUUCAAAUUAAUAAACGCGUACUGUUGAAUAAUACAAACUAACUAACCUCGUUUGCGCGCCCUCCCCACAAGCACGAUCACCACACUCUGACCAGUGGGACCAAUGUCCGAGUGUGCAGUUAACCGGCCCCACACACCCUGCUUCGGACGAGGAGCAUAUGGGCAAGUCUAACAGCCACACUGCUAGUCCGACCUGCACCGAGAAUAUGUUUCAUCUGUGGUGACUGGUAAAUAAUACGUACAAUCAAUAAUCAUGUAGU